GCUUAUACACCGCUGGCUGUCAUGGAAAUUGUCACAGAUGUGACAUGUUGUUUACCAACAUAAACGUUCGACUCGUGAUAAAAGAUUAGAAACAGUGAUUGCAGGCGCAUAUUGGAAGCAUAGAAAACAUAAAAAAACCAGCAAGAGAAACACCCGAAUCAUUCCGAACAAGUCCGACUCAGUUCAUCGUGCUAAGCGUGCUUUCUUGGGUGGCGCGAUAUGUUUAUUGGUCAGUCCGUUUGAGGCAUAGGAACAGUAAACAAUAGCAACGGUGAGGGUGGUUGUCUUACCUUACCGUACUAAUUGAUUGUGCGUUAGUACUUGAACCGUUCUGCACACCAUCAAUAAUGGCUCUGAACUUGGACGAAUGUUACGAGCAUGUUCUCGGACUGGUGGAAACAGCUGGAAGCCUUAUCGCUUCCAGAAAUUCCCAGCGGAAACGCGUAGUAGAAAAGUCAAGCAAUAUCGAUUUGCUGACCGAAACCGACCAACAAGUGGAGCGUAUGCUGAUGGAAGGAAUCACGGCUAACUACCCUGACCAUAAGUUCAUCGGCGAGGAAGAAACGAGCGAAGGGAAAAAGGCCGAAUUGACCGAUGCACCUACCUGGAUUAUCGAUCCAGUGGACGGAACGAUGAAUUUCGUGCACAGUUUUCCCCAUUCCUGCAUUUCGAUCGCACUGCUGGUGGAGAAGGUGGCGGAGAUUGCCAUCAUCUACAAUCCAAUCGUAGGACAGAAAUUUACGGCCCGCCGUGGCAAGGGAGCAUUUUUGAACGGUAACCCAAUACGUGUGUCCGGGGAAACGGCUUUCGAACGUGCUCUUGCAACAACAGAAUUUGGAACGUCCCGAGAGGAAGAAAAAACACGCGUGGUCCUGGAGAACAUUGGAAAGCUUGUGCGGCAGAUACAUGGCUUGCGUAGUCUUGGUUCUGCGGCCCUAAACAUGGCUAUGGUGGCACUCGGUGGGGCUGACUUUAAUUACGAGUUUGGCAUUCACGCGUGGGACAUUGCGGCCGGAGAUUUACUGGUGCGGGAAGCGGGAGGUGUCUGUCUUGAUCCUGCCGGCGGCCCACUAGAUCUAAUGUCGCGCCGAGUGCUCUGUGCUAGCACGCAAGAACUUGCCGAUAAGGUGGUGCUCGCACUGACGCAGUUCUAUCCUGAACCAAGGGAUUAGAAGAAUCAAUCAUAGUGCUACUUGGCCGACUUCCAUCUCCCAAAACUAUCAAUUGUUACCGUACUUACUGUCCGCAAUAGUAGAAUGUGCUAAAGUCAUUGCAAUAAUCAACCAUAUAAGAGCGUUAAAUAAAUGUUGUUCGAAAUCGA